AUGAAUUACGAACUCGUUGAAGUCCUUCAGUUACCAGUUAUGAAACUUCGCUAUAAUAUCUCGUGAAGGACGAUUUCUACAUGCUCUUUCAUGUACCAUGAUCCAUUUUCCAUCGAUUCAUUUCACGAUUGAAAACUUUCGGAUCGUUGGAUCGAAACGAUUGUGCUCGAUCUUUGAUCACUAUUUGAGAAAUUAACGUUACACGUUGAUAAAAGAUAGAUGACGAAGUUCUUCGGUGAACAAUUUAUAGUCAAAUUUAUAUAUAUUUGAAAUUUGAAUAGGAUAACUGAUAAAAAUUCCUUCUUUUUUUUUAGAGACUCUUGCACUUCACAAACAUUCCACAAUUUUAGGAAUGAAAUUUCUAUAACCAUCUUCAAUCCUACUGCUUUUUUCACACAAUAUUUUUCGUGUACUAAUUUCCGAUGUACAUUUUCAUACAGAGUUGAUUAAUUAAUCACGACAUAUUAAACAUAUUAAAAAUAUUACAAUUCUACAGACUAUUGGUGGCGAUCCUGGUGACGGUGGUGUUGGGAAUACCAACGCCCGAAGAUGCCAGUAACGCGGCAGCAGACUCGAAACAAGACCUCCAAGGGGCCAAACAAUUUCUGGAUCAACUCAACAAAGAAUACGGGGAAUGGAACAACAAGUACACGCUGGCAAAUUGGGAGUACGCGACGAACUUAACCGAAGAGAACUUAGCUAAGAAGCUGAACAUCUCGGCGGAGGUGGCACGGUACUUCAAAUCCGCCUGGGAGAAAGUGAACGAAUACCCUUGGAAGGACAUUAAAGAUUCAGGGAUCAGGCGACAAUUCAAGAAAUUCAGUGUCCUGGGACGCUCAGCACUUCCCGAAGACCGUUAUCAAGAGUACGAAAAAAUUAUAAGUGACAUGGAGAACAUCUACAGCACUGCCAAAAUCUGCGAUUACAAGAACCGAACUAAAUGUGACCUCGCAUUGGAACCGGAACUGACGGAACUUCUGAUGAAGAGCCGUGACCCCGAGGAGCUGAAAUACAUUUGGGUGGAAUGGAGGAAAGCAACGGGCGAAAAAGUGAAAUCAUUGUACCCGAAAUACGUUGAACUGAGUAACCUGGCUGCCACGUUAAACAAUUUUUCCGACAACGCGGCUUAUUGGCUGAAGGAUUACGAGGCUGACGACUUCCCCGAGCAAAUUGAGGCACUCUGGCAACAGUUGAAACCUCUUUAUUUGCAAUUGCACGCAUACGUUCGCCGAGAGCUUCGAACAGAAUAUGGUGAGAACGUCGUUUCGAAAGAUGGUCCUAUCCCAGCGCACUUAUUGGGCAAUAUGUGGGCGCAAACUUGGACGAACAUCGCAGACUUCGCUAUCCCAUACCCGGGAAAGCAAAUGCCAGACGUCACUCAUGCCAUGAUUAAACAAGGAUAUAACGCUACAACUAUAUUCCGUGUUGCCGAGGACUUCUUCACCUCGAUCAAUCUCACUGCAAUGCCUGAUCUGUUCUGGCAACGAUCAAUAUUGGAAAAACCAAAAGAUCGCGAAUUAAUCUGUCACGCGAGUGCCUGGGACUUCUACGAUGGCAAGGACUUUAGAAUUAAACAGUGUACCAGAGUUAACAUGGAAGAUUUGUUGACUGCACAUCAUGAGAUGGGUCAUGUGGAAUAUUAUCUGCAAUACAAGGAUCAACCCAAUGUUUUCAAGGAGGGUGCGAAUCCAGGAUUUCAUGAAGCUGUUGGCGAUGUUAUAUCACUCAGCGCAUCUACACCGAGCCACCUGAAAGCCAUUAAAUUAUUAGAUGAUGAUUCAACCGACACGGAAGCCAAUAUUAACCAUCUUUUCUUGAAAGGCCUCGAAAAGAUUGUCUUCUUACCAUUUGCAUAUAUGAUGGAUAAAUGGCGCUGGAAUGUGUUCCAAGGAAAAGUCACAUCAGACAAUUAUAAUUGCAAUUGGUGGGAUCUUGCUGAAGAAUUUCAAGGCAUUGAACCUCCAGUAGAUCGAUCAGAAGAUGACUUUGACCCUGGUGCGAAAUAUCAUAUAAUAGCUGAUGUUGAGUAUAUGAGAUAUUUUGUGAGCUUUGUGGUGCAAUUCCAAUUCCAUAAAGCACUUUGUAUUGAAGCAAAACAAUACAAUCCACAAAAUCCAAAUUCAAAACUACUACAUGAAUGUGAUAUUUAUAAUAAUAAAGCAGCUGGAAAUCUAUUGAAGAAUAUGUUGGAAUUGGGAUCUUCUAAACCUUGGCAAGAUGCAAUGGAAAGAAUCACAGGUCAGAAAAAUAUGGAGUCUGCUGGACUCUUAGAGUACUUUAAACCAUUGACAGAUUGGCUUACAGCAGAAAAUAAAAAAACUAAUGAAUAUAUUGGAUGGAAACCGAGAGCAAGACCUCUCAUAUAUCAUUUGGAGUGGAUAGCCGCCACAACAUGGAAAGGCAAGCCCAUAUACAUGUUGUGGCAAAAAAUUUAUACAAUCAGGAUAUUGAACAUACUCCAGUUCCAUAUGGAGUUCUUGAUAGGAGGAUGGGAACUUGCAAUAAUAUUACUAAUUGUGUAUCAUGUGGUAAAAUUUUAAGUGAGUGUAUUGGACAUUUUGGCUACAUUGAUUUGGAAUUGCCUGUUUUUCAUGUUGGUUAUUUUAAAUCCAUCAUUGGUAUUCUUCAAACUAUUUGCAAAAAUUGUUCUCAUGUUUUGCUAUCUGAAAUGGACAAAAAGCAUUAUUUAGCUAAGGUAGUAAAUCCUAAUUUGGGAUACUUAGCACGUAAAACACUACGUAAACAAAUUUUGAAUAAAACUAAAAAAAUAACAGUUUGUCAGCAUUGUGGAGAUCUUAAUGGAGUUGUUAAAAAAUCUGGUUUACUUAAAAUAGUUCAUGAAAAAUAUAAAGCAAAGAGGAAAAUAGAUGCCAUUGUUCAAGAAAAAUUAGCAGAAUAUAACAAUGUGCUUGAGGAUAAUAAAGCGUUAGAAGGAAUACUUCAAAGUGGAUUGGUCAAUGUAUUAAAUCCUUUAGAGGUACAAGCAAUUUUGGAAAAAAUACCAGAAAGUGAUAUUCCUUUAUUAAUGAUGAAUACAGAGUGUGCAUUGCCAAAAGAUUUAAUAUUAACAAGAAUUCCUGUCCCACCAAUGUGUAUUAGACCCAGUGUUGUGUCUGAUAUAAAAGCUGGUACAACAGAAGACCAUUUAACAAUGAAAUUAUCAGAAAUAGUUUUUAUCAAUGAUGUUAUUCAGAAACAUAGACAAAGUGGAGCUAAAGUGCAAAUGUACAAUGAGGAUUGGGAAUUUUUACAACUACAUUGUGCUCUUUAUAUAAAUAGUGAAAUGUCUGGUAUACCCGCUAACAUGCAACCAAAAAAAUCAGGAAGAGGAUUGGUUCAAAGGUUAAAAGGAAAACAGGGUCGUUUUCGUGGCAAUUUAUCUGGUAAACGUGUGGACUUCUCUAGUCGUACUGUUAUUUCACCAGAUCCUAAUCUUAGAAUUGAACAAGUUGGUGUACCCAUUUACGUCGCCAAAAUUUUAACGUAUCCCGAAAAAGUUAAUCCAUCAAAUAUAGAACUAAUGAGGAAACUUGUAAGAAAUGGUCCAGAUGUACACCCAGGUGCAAAUUUCAUACAACAGGGAAAAACACAAUUUAAAAAAUUCUUAAGAUAUGGUAAUCGACAAAAAAUUGCUCAAGAUUUACAGUAUGGUGAUAUCGUUGAAAGACAUCUGAGAGAUGACGAUGUAGUAUUAUUCAAUAGACAACCAUCUUUGCAUAAAUUAAGUAUUAUGGCACAUAAAGCAAAAGUAUUAGAACACAGAACAUUUAGAUUUAAUGAAUGUGUUUGUACUCCCUAUAACGCUGAUUUCGAUGGCGACGAAAUGAAUUUACAUCUUCCCCAAACUGAAGAAGCAAGAGCAGAAGCUUUAAUUUUAAUGGGGAAUAAAUCAAAUUUAGUUACACCACGUAAUGGAGAACUUUUAAUAGCUGCAACACAGGAUUUUAUUACCGGCGGAUAUCUUUUGACACAAAAGGACAUGUUUUUAAAUAAAGCUCAAGCAAGUGCAUUAGCUGGUUGUCUUUUAGCAGGACCUGAUAUUGCUAUGUCUAUAAAUCUUCCUGAACCAGCUAUUUUAAAACCAACUAUGUUAUGGACAGGAAAACAAAUCUUUAGUUUAAUUUUAAAACCUAACAACACUUGUAACAUUAAAGCUAAUUUAAAAACUAAAGGAAGAGCUUAUACUACUAACGAAGAACUGUGUAUUAACGAUUCUUAUGUUAUUAUACGGAAUUCAGAAUUAUUAGCAGGAACCAUGGACAAAUCAACUUUAGGUUCGGGAUCAAAACAAAACAUAUUUUAUAUCCUAUUACGUGAUUGGGGUGAAGAUAUUGCAACAACAGCUAUGUGGCGACUAGCAAGACUGGCAAGUUUCUUUCUUAUGAAUAGAGGUUUUUCUAUUGGUAUUGGGGAUGUUACACCUGGACAAGCACUUCUUAAAUCUAAAGAAGAACUUCUGAAUGCUGGAUAUUCUAAAUGUACAGAAUACAUUCGUCAAAUGGAAGAAGGGCGUCUUAUAUGUCAACCUGGUUGUUCAGAGGAAGAAACAUUAGAAGCAAUGAUAUUAAAGGAACUUUCAGUAAUUCGUGAUCAUGCUGGUAAAGCAUGUUUAAAAGAACUUCAUCCAAGCAACAGUCCAUUAAUUAUGGCAUUAUCUGGCAGUAAAGGAAGCUUUAUUAAUAUUUCUCAAAUGAUUGCAUGUGUGGGGCAACAAGCUAUCAGCGGUCAUAGAGUUCCAAAUGGAUUUGAAGAUAGAGCUCUGCCACACUUUGAAAGACAUUCAAAGAUUCCUGCAGCUAAGGGUUUUGUAGAAAACUCAUUCUAUUCUGGUUUAACACCAACUGAAUUUUUCUUUCAUACAAUGGGUGGAAGAGAAGGCCUUGUAGAUACAGCAGUUAAAACUGCAGAAACUGGUUACAUGCAACGACGAUUAGUUAAAAGUUUAGAAGAUCUGUGCCUUCAUUAUGAUAUGACAGUUCGUAAUUCAGUGGGAGAUAUUGUACAAAUAUUGUAUGGUGGUGAUGGUUUAGAUCCCACAUACAUGGAAGGAAAAGACUGCCCAGUAGAUUACAAGAGAGUAUUAGAUCAUGUAAGAGCCAAAUCGCCAUGUAAAAAUGAGAAACCGCUAGAUAGUUUUGAUAUAAUUAAAGCUACAAAUGAAUUAUUAAAUUCUAAAGAUUAUGAAUGUCUUAGUGAAGAAUUUAAACAAGAAUUAUCCACAUUCCUCAAAAGUGUAGCACGUAAAAUAAUACGUCUUCGACAUAAUGCUCCAUCAAACAUACCUGUAAUUUUUCAACUUGAACGACUCACAGUUUCCCAGUUAGUUGAAUUUAUUCAUACCUGUAAAGAAAAAUAUAUGAAAGCAAAGAUAGAACCAGGUACUGCUGUGGGUGCACUUGCCGCACAAAGCAUUGGAGAACCGGGUACGCAAAUGACAUUAAAAACAUUUCAUUUCGCCGGUGUAGCAUCUAUGAAUAUUACUCAAGGUGUACCACGUAUUAAAGAAAUUAUUAAUGCAAAUCCUAAAAUUAGUACUCCGAUCAUCACAGCAGCUUUAGAAAAUGAGACAGAUCCGGAAUUUGCUAGAAAAGUAAAAGGCAGAAUUGAAAAAACUACUUUAGGAGAAGUGACAGAAUAUAUUGAAGAAGUUUAUUUACCAGAUGAUUGUUUUCUAUUGAUCAAAUUAGACAUUGAUAGAAUAAAAUUAUUAAAGUUAGAAGUAGAUGUUAACUCCAUACGUUAUUCAAUUUGUACAUCAAAAUUGAAACUGACUCCAAAAUUAGUAACUGUGAGAGGAGAUUCUAUCAUCACUGUGAAUCCAAAUAAAACUAAAUAUAGCUUAAAUCAUGCUCUUUCGCUGCUUAAAGAUAUGAUUCCAAAUAUUGUUGUAAAGGGCUUACCAUCAGUUUCUAGAGCUGUAAUUCAUAAUGAUGAUUCAAGUGGUAAAACAAAAUAUAAAUUGUUUGUAGAAGGAGAUAAUAUGCGAGAAGUGAUGGCAACUCUUGGCGUUUUAGGCAAAAAUACAACUUCAAACAAUACUAUUGAGGUUUUCAAAACACUAGGAAUUGAGGCUGCAAGAACAACUAUAAUGACAGAAAUCAAAUUAGUAAUGGAAAAUCAUGGAAUGAGUAUUGAUCGAAGACAUCCAAUGCUUGUAGCAGAUUUAAUGACUAGUAGGGGAGAAGUACUAGGUAUUACAAGACAAGGUUUAGCUAAAAUGAAGGAAUCUGUGCUAAAUUUAGCUUCGUUUGAGAAGACAGCCGAUCAUCUAUUUGAUGCAGCUUAUUAUGGACAGAAGGAUAUUAUUUGUGGUGUGUCUGAAUCAAUAAUAGUGGGUAUUCCUGUUCCUGUAGGAACGGGAAUCUUCAAAUUACUUCACACAGCUGAUAAAGAUGAACCAAUAAAGAGAGAUUUAAUAUUUGAUGAUCCACAAUUCAAUAAAGUUACAAAAUUGUAAAUUAAUUAUUAUGUACUUUAUAGAAAAGAAUUUUAUGUAAAUAAAUGAAAAGAUUUCAAUAGUUAAGAUUAAAAUACAUAUAUCUCUAAAUAUAAAUGUGUACAUGUGUUGCUAGGGAACAUGUUUGAUCCAUAAUUGUUGUAUAUUAAAUUACUGUAAUACAGUAUGUCCAAAACAAAUCAGCAAUAUUAGAUACAGUUUUAUAAUUUUAGUAUCUUUUUAAUGAAUAAAAUUGUAUUCUAUAAUAUUUUAUUUGUCAAAUCAUUUUUUGAUUAAAUAUUAACGUAAAAAAAGUGUAUCGGAAUGGUAAAUGAAACAAAAUUUUGGAAUGAAAUCCGGAAAGACUUAUCAGGACAUAAAAAAAAAAAACCCAGAAUUGUUCCUGCUUUUACCAUUCAAGCUUUACAGGAAAACACUAUAGUUGAAAAGCCUCCUCGAUAUGAAUUAUAUAAACCACAACCACCUAAACCAUCAACUUUUCGAAAAUUUUAUGAAUGGGGUGUAUUUCCAGUUGCAUUGGAAAAGGAUAGUUACGGCAUAAAACUUAGCUGGAAAGUUAACAUCGAAGAUUUAGAUUUCCAUCAUUAUUUGCCAUUAUUUUUUGAUGGAUUAACAGAAACUGAACAACCAAUUAAGUUCAUAGUAGAACAAGGAAUAUCUGAUAUGUUAGAACAUGGCGGUCCUAAAAUUUUACCUGUUGUGCCACAAUUAAUAAUUCCCAUUAAAAAAGCCUUAAAUACAAAAAUGCCAGAAGUUAUAUGUACAACACUGAGAACUAUUCAACAUCUUGUACGUUCAGCAGAUUGUGUUGGAGAAGCUUUAGUACCAUACUUUAGACAAAUCUUACCAGUACUUAAUUUAUUAAAAGAUAGAAAUGUGAAUCUUGGAGAAGGUAUUGAUUACUCGCAACAAAGAGGUGAAAACGUCGCAGAUAUAAUACAAGAAACUCUUGCAUUACUUGAAAUAUAUGGAGGUGAAGAUGCUUUUAUAAAUAUUAAAUAUAUGAUUCCUACAUACGAAUCUUGCAUGAUGAAUUAAAUAUUUUUUAUUUAUUGUCCAUUUAAUAAUGAUUUUAAACUGUAAAAUUUUAGAAGUACGAAAAGAUGUAUGUUAUCUUAAACAUCAUUGAUAGUUAUAAAACAUAAUAUAUAUCAUACAUAAUGUUUGAAUGCAUAUAAUUUUAUUUACACUUUUCCUGUAUCUUCUUUUAAUGUUACUGUUCUGUUAAAAACAAGCUUUUCCGAUGUUGUGUUUGGAUCUACAGAGAAAAAGCCAAUACGUUCAAAUUGAAAUUUGUCAAAAAUUUUUGCUGAAUUUGCCAAACUUGCAUCGAUAUAUCCAACAAUUUCUUUUUUGCUGUAUGGAUUAAUGUCACUCAAAAAACCGUUUGGUACCUCAUUAGGAUCUUCAGGAUUUUUAUGUUUAAAUAAACGCUCAUAUAAUCUAAUGGACGCCAAUAGAGGGUUUGAUACCCAGUGUAUGAAAGCUUUAGGCUUGUUAGUUUCACAAAUGGGUUCUUGUGUAACAAUCAGAUUUACAAUAUUACCCAUAUUAUCUUUUUUGAUUUCUUUAAUUUUUAAUACUAUCCCUACGUGUUUUAAACCAACAGAUUGAUUUAAUGUUAAACGUCUAAAAUCUUUUUCCGUUUUCUCUUUGAAAUCAGAUGCUUCAAUAUAUACAAUUUCAUCAAAAACAAUGUCGUGUUGUCCUUUAUCUGGUUCAUUAGGAAAGUUAGGAACUGUUAGUUUUAUAGCAUUUUCAUGAGGAAAAUUACUAAUGGUUACUUUUAAUGGUUCUAGAACUACCAUAUGUCGACUUGCAGUUAAAUUUAAAACAUCUCUAACAGAUGCCUCUAAAACGGCUGGAUCAAUAAUUGCUUGAGCACCAGUUAUACCCAUCUGUGCACAAAAAUUAUUUAUAGCUUCAGGUGGAAAACCUCGUCUACGAAGAGCUGUUAAUGUGAAAAAUACCUUGGAUCAUCCCAAUCAGAUACAAUACUCUCCUCAAUUAACUUACUGAUUUUUCUCUUAGAAACAACUGUAUAGCAUACAUUUAAUCUACCAUAUUCCCACUGCACAGGACAAUAAAUGUCUAAAGUAUUACAAAGCCAAUAAUAAGAUGAUCUCCUUGAUUGAAAUUCCUUUGUGCAAAGAGAAUGAGUUAUAUUUUCUAUACUGUCACACAAACAGUGUGUAAAAUCGUAAGUUGGAUAAAUACACCAUUGAUCUCCUGUUCUAUGGUGUGGACUAUAUUUUAUUCUGUAUGCAACUGGAUCUUGUUUCCCUUCUUCUAAUGUUACUUUCAUUCGUAAUGUAGCUUCACCUUCCUCAAGUAACCCAUCUUUCAUAUCCUAUUAUAAAAGUUGCAAGUUUUCUGAAAUAGGUCUGUCACGCCAAGGACUUGGAGGUGGAUUAAAACCUUUUAUUUCUUCACUAGAUUGAUGACAGACAUAUGCUAAGCCUUUUUCAAUAAGAACUAUGGCCCAUUCAUAUAGUUGUUGAAAGUAAUCAGAAGAAUGGGUAAUUUUAGCUGGCUUAUAACCAAGCCAUUCUACCAUUUCACGAAUACCAACAAAAAAUUUUUCUUCUUCUUUUUCAGGGUUUGUAUCAUCAUAACGUAAAUAACAUAUUCCAUUAUGGGCUGCUGCAUAUCUACAAAAUUAAUAUUAAUUGCUUUUGCAUGACCAAUAUGUAAAAUUCCAUUAGGUUCUGGUGGAAAUCUAGUUAUUACUUUGCCCUUUGUUACUCUUAAAUGUUCUUGAACUAAUUUAUGUGUAUUUGGUGUUAUAAUAUAUCCUUCAGUUUUAUAAUUUUCACCUGGUUUAUGAAAAUGGACUUUAGUUUUCAUUAAUUCACUUAUUGUCUGAGCACCUAUUUUCUCAUUUGCUGGUGUAGUACCAGUUUCAGCACCAGAUUUACUUUUUUCUUUUUCUAACUUUGUUAUUUUUGUUUGUUUUGCUUGUUUAGGUAAUGGUACAAGAUCAGAAUCACGUUUUGGACCUAACAAAUCAAGCAUUUGGACAUCAAAUUCAUUUUUUAUUGCUUUUCCAUCUGCCCAUUUUAAAGUAUUACGCACUUGUUGCAUCAAUGGACCAACAUUAAAAUGAUACCUUUUUUCUAUUAUUUCCAUUUUAUGUGCACUUAUUACUUUUUCCACUUCAUAUUCUAUUUCUUCUGGAGAUAUAACAAUACCUACGCCGCAUUCUUUCUCAAAAUCAGAUACAUCAAUAUUUCCUUCGACUUGAUUAAGUAAAUAAUUUAGUCCAGUAUCCAAUCUUUGAGUCGUAUCUAAUUUCUUUUUAGCUAUGUAUUGAGCAAGAAAUGCUAAUUUAUCUGCAAUUUGAGUCUUAAUUUUUGAAGCAAGAUGAUAUAACAAAAUUCCAAUCUCUGAUGAAAUGAUUCCAUAUUUAUUAGCCUAUAAACAUAACACCAAGUCUUAAAUUAUUAGAAACUUGCUUAUUUUUUAGAGUCUCUUUAGCUUUUUGUUCACUUAAACCAACAGAUUGAAAUAAUUUUAUGUCAUCUUGUGAUUCCAUUGUCAUAUUUUUAUCUUCCCUUCAAUAUCUAAUUUAGUAUGAUUUUGAAGCCGGGAAACAAAACACGUACAACAUAUACGUGUACAAGAUACUUGGUAAAAGUGCUUGAUAAAUACAAGAAUUUUGGGGCAAUAUUGCGAUAAAGUACAUCUGAUUAUUUAAAAUCAUUAUUUAUAAAUAAAGUACAUUUAUAUAUAUAUAAAAAAACUAGUAAAAAAUGUGUGAAAGUACUGACGAUGAUUUACAAUUGUGUUCUACAACACUGGCUGCUUUAAAUGAGUUUCUCAGAGAAAAGGCAGAAAGAGAAAAUCAGUUGCAACAUAUUUUAGGAAAUCAAAAUUUAGAUAUUUCUUUUGAUGAGAAUUGGCAACUAAGUCAAUUUUGGUAUGAUGAAAAGACCACAGAUACUCUUGUAAAAGGUGCUAUACGAUGUACAAAAUAUAAUGAAAAAAUUGCAUUAAUAUCUUGCCCUACACUUUAUAAUAAACUGAAGAAGAAUUGUGGUGAGAGACAAGUAACCAUUUUUGAAUAUGAUGAACGUUUCAGGAUAUAUGAUUCUGAUUUUAUAUCAUAUAACUAUAAAUUUCCUUUACAUAUACCUAGAAAUAUGUCAAAUUUUUAUGAUUUGGUCAUAGCUGAUCCACCAUUUCUUUCUGAUGAAUGUUUAACAAAAACAGCUCUUACAAUCAAAUUUUUAGCAAAAAAAAAAAUUGUGCUUUGUACAGGUACAUAAAAUCUGAUAUUUAAAAUUAAAUAUAUUUAUAUACACAUAUAGAAAAACUAGUAAAAAAUGUGUAAAAACGCUAAUAAUGAUUUGCAAUUGUGUCCUGCAACAAUGAUUAAAUGAGUUUUUUAAAAACAAAGAAGGAAGGAAAAAUCAAUUACAUAUUUUAAAAACAUAUUUUAAAAAAUUAAGAUUUAAAUAUCUUUUUUUAUGACAAUUGGCAAUUAAGUCAAUUUUGAUAUGACGAAAAGACAAAAGAUACUCUUAUGCUAUAUGGUAUAUAGAAUACAAUGGAAAAAUUGCAAUACCUUGUACCCUAUACUUUAUAACAGAUCUAAAAAGAACCGUGUCACUAUUUUUAAAUAUGAUGAACGUUUCAGAGUAUACAAUUCUAAUUUUAUAUCAUGCAACUAUAAAUUUCUUUUACAUAUACUUGGAGAUAUGUCAAAUUUCUAUGAUUCAGUCAUAGCUGAGCCACUAUUUCUUUCUGAUGAAUGUUUCGCAAAAACUGCUUGUACAAUCAAAUUCUUAGCCAAAAAAAUAUUGUUUUGUACAGAUAUUUUUGACAAUCAAUUUUCAACUUUCAAGUACUUAACUCUUUUUUUCUACAUUGGAAGCGCUAUAUAAGAAAAUAACAGAAAGAUU